GUCCAAAUUCAAUCACUAUCAUAAAAAUGUUAUCAUUUUUGUACCCAUAAAAGAAAGAGCCUCGUAAACCCUCUAUAUAAAUCCUACCAAAUCCUCCUCUCAUUAUCAUUAUCCUCCUUCCAGUUCCCUCUCUUAUUGCCUAAUUAUGCAAUUCAUUCUCACCACUCUCCUCCUCCUCACCCACUUCCUCUAUGUAUGCUCAACCAGAUGUCCCCCACCACCACCACUACCGCCACCACCUGAAUCCCCACCACCGUUACCACCACCGCCACCACCAGAAACUUGUCAAUGCCAACAGGACCUCAGAUUCUUAGACCAAAGACUGGCAGUGGUGUACCCCAUUAUUCAGACCUUCAAAGCCCUCAUCACUUCUGAUCCAUUAAACGUCACACAAACUUGGGUUGGCUCUGAUAUCUGUAAGUACCAAGGCUUCUACUGUGACAACCCCCCAGACAACAAAUCUGCUGUUGCCAUUGCAGGUAUCGAUUUCAACGGCUUCCAACUGACCGCCUCAACGCUUGAUGGCUUCAUCGACAGCCUCCCUGACCUUGCUAUCUUCCAUGCCAACUCCAACAACUUCUCUGGAACAAUCACCCCCAAAAUUGCAUCACUCCAAUAUCUCUAUGAGCUCGAUUUAAGCAACAACCAACUGUCGGGUACUUUCCCAGUUGCCAUAUUGAGUGUCACCGAUCUGUCGUUCUUUGAUAUCAGAUUCAAUUUCUUCACAGGGUUUGUUCCUCAGCAGCUUUUUGUAAAGAGUUUCGACUUCUUAUUCCUCAAUAACAACAAUUUUGGGAUGAAAUUACCCAUUAACUUUGGCUCUACAACCACGUCUUAUAUCACUUUAGCUAACAACAAAUUCACUGGUCCGAUUCCGAGAAGCAUUGGAAAGGCUUCUGCCAGUUUGACUGAAAUCUUGUUACUCAACAAUCAGCUAACUGGGUGCAUUCCAUACGAAGUGGGAUUCUUGAAAACAGCCAUCGUUUUCGAUGCUGGCGAAAACUUGCUAACCGGCCCAUUGCCUUGCUCACUCGGCUGCCUGGAGAAGAUUGAGCAGCUAAACUUUGCCGGAAACUUCCUUUACGGCCAGGUCCCGGAGGUGGUUUGUGAACUGGGAAAUUUGCAGAAUCUCUCACUUUCAGAUAAUUACCUCACCAAAAUCGGGCCAUCGUGUAGGAAACUGGUGAGAAAUGGUGUCCUUGAUUUGAGAAAAAAUUGCAUAAGGGGACUACCUGAUCAGAGAUCCCCAUUGGAUUGCUUUUUUUCUUCUUUGUUUCGAUAUCCUUGUCCAUUUCCGGCAACUUAUGGCUUUGUUCCUUGUCAGAAGUCUAAAAGUAUCCAUUUUUUUGGUUCUGGCCAACAGAAAAGAAGCUAUAUUCCCAUUGCCAAUGAUGGUAUUUCCACACAAAAACCAUAACUAUGUUGGAGCAGAAAAGCAUUAUAAUAAAUAUAUGUAUGUAUACACAUACUUCAAAAUCAAAUCUAAUCGUAGAAAAAAAACUAGACAUUGAUUUCUGUGGUAGUUGUACAAUGUAUAUGUCGAAGAUGGAGCUCAAAUUAACAUAAAUUUGAGUGUUUAUGUAUGGAGAUGUAUAUUGUAUUAUAUCUGGUAAAUGGUAAUAGAACAAGAGGGGAUUAAUGACCCACGUUGACUGAACCAUUAUAGAUUGUUAAAGACUCAAGACCCCACAAAUGGCUCCCAACAUGCCUCAAAUGCUCCUAGUAAUCUUCAUAUGUAUAGAUAUUUCUGGUUAAGGAAUCACCAGUUAUUCAUCUAACCCUUCAAUUACUGUAAGGAUAUAAUAAGAAGAUUCAGAAACUUCCUUGCACACAUUUUUGAACGAAAACUUUCAAACCCGAGACCUCAGAUCUUCAAAGAAAGCAUUCAAAUCAGAGGAAGAUGAUCCGCCUUCUUUGAUGGCUUUCCUUGCCUGAAUUCCAAGUGCUUUUGCUCUGCUUCUCAUUCCUUCAGCUUCUUCACCCACCAUAACUCGGUUGACUGCCUUCUCUAUAGCCUCACUCUUUAUCUCAUCUUUCCCAGC